AGUCAAAGAACAUACUUUGGACGACAUCCUUUCCUCCUUUCCAUAACAAUCGUAUUUAUCAUCAAUCCUCUCCUCUUCUUUACACAUCGCCAUGGGUCUCAUCAAGACUGGUCUUACCAUUGCCGGCGGUUACGGUCUCAUCAAAGCCGCUUCCAAAGCCGCAAAUAGCUAUGAGGAGAAGAAGCAAAAUCGUCCAAUCCAGCCUCAAUACCAACCGCCUCCACAACAAUACCAGCCCGGCCAUGAUCAGCAAACGGGAAACAUGUAUACGAACCCGAUGAACAACAGCCAGCCACACCCACAAUGGCGGUCUCCAUACGAGUCUCAGCAAAAUCAUGGAAAACAAAUGAACUACACCGCGCCUCAAUCGCAAUCUCACGGUAUGAAGUCUCUGGGAGGCUGCCCACCCCCAUAUGACCAAGGAUCCAUGUAUGAGAUGCCACAGGAUAUCAAGCAAGGCUCGGCGUAGGAUUAUUAUUCUGGGGAUAGAACUAGAUGUGGCUUUAUGGGUUAGCUGGAACUGGCGUUUUGUGUUCUUGUCUACUUUCAAGCUUUGCUAGCUAGGAAUGCAGUUGAAUCUCCGGGAAAUAAAUUUGAAAUACC